AUGUUCGGCCGAGCAGUGAACCCGUACGACGAGAUUGUCGCCAAGGCGACGGAUGAGAAGCAGACCGAGAUCAACUGGGAGAUUGCGCUGACUGUCUGGGACAAGGUCAAUGAGGAUGGCGAGACUGGUGCGCGGAACUGCAUCGCCGCGUUGCAGAAGCGCUUGACGCAUCGUAGCGCGAAUGUCCAGCUCUUCUCGCUCACGCUCGCCGGCGCCCUCGUCUCGAACUGCGGGCCACCCCUGCAUCGCGAAAUCAGCGGUAAAGCGUUCACCUCGUCCCUCGUCCGGCUCAUCAACGACCGCACGACGCACGAGACGGUCAAGAAGGAGGCAUUGAAGCAGAUCGAGACGUGGGUCAAGGAGCAUCCGGGCAAUGGCGACUUUGACCUGUUGGUCGAGACGUAUGAGCAGUUGAAGCGGCAGGGCCACAACUUCGGCGAUGAGCGACCGCCGACACCGAAGGGACCCUCCGACGACCUCCUGCGCCGCGAAGAAGAAGAGCUCCAACGCGCUCUUGCCGAGUCCGCCGCUCUCGCCGACCCGCUCCGCAACUUCCAACGCUCCGGCUCCGGACCCGACCCCUCCACCCUACCCUCCGCAUCGAAAGCCCUCCCCGCUCAGCCUCAGCCUGCUCUUCCUUCGCACGUCCGCGGACUGUACGACUUUGAAGGCGAGACGAGCGAUGAGCUGGCGUUCAAGCGGGGCGAUGUGGUCAAGGUUUUGGAGAAGGUUAGCGAGGAGUGGUGGAGGGGCGAAUUGAGGGGACGUGUUGGAAUCUUCCCGACGAACUACGUCGAAGAGAUCUCCGCCUCCGCCGUUCCCGACUCUCAACCCCCCUCGUCGAAUCCCGCCACUCAACCCGCCCCUUCCGCUGGCUCCGACAUGGAAGCCGAGAUCUUUGCGCAGGCCGCGGCUGUCGACAGGUUGCUCGCGCUCAUGCACACGCUCAGGGCGAGAGGGGAGGACUUUGCCGAUAACGACGAGUUGACGGACCUGUACAACUCGAGCAUGGCGCUUCGGCCGAAGGUCGUCCAGCUCAUCCGCAAGUACGAGCAGAAGCAAGCCGAGCUGCAGGCAAUGAACGACAAGGUCAACCGCGCGAAGGCGACCUACGAGCAGCUCGCCGGUCUUCAGCCGACUCAGCAGCACCAGCCUCAACAGUACCCUCCGCAGCACGUCCAGCCGAACGGCUACCCACAGUCCGCUCCGCCGCCUCAGCAAGCCUACGCCGCGCCGGCGCAACAGCCUCCUACCGCGGCGCAAUCCGCCGACCCUUACGCCCGAUCCGCGUAUCCUCCCGUUUCGCAAGGCCCGCCUCCCGGCGCCGAAGUUCUUAGCGCAGAGGAGGAGGAACAGCGGCGCGAAUACGAGCAGAAGUGGGCAGAGUACGAGCGCCAGAUGGAGGAGUACAACCGAGCGAUGGCGGCUCUGCAGCAAGCGCAGGCGGGAGGUGCUGUGCCGCCUCCGCAGGAUGGGCACGGUCAGCAGCCGCAACCUCAGCCUCAGCAGCAGGCGCAUACCGGACAAGAGCAACCGCAGCCGGUUUGGGACGCUCAAGCAGGUCAGUGGGUCUGGCCGCAGCUGCAGGCGCACGUCGCGGCGCCGCCUCCUCCCGUCGGACAAGACGGCCAGGCGUACCCGCCGCUGUCGCCAGGACACGCGCCGAGUCAGGUUCCCCCGCCGGCACUCUCGCCCGCACUGUCGGUUUCGCAACAGGCGGGUUACCCCGCGCAGACUCAGCCUUACCCGGCUGGUCACGCCUCUUCGCCCCCUCCGCCUGUUCAGCAGCACCCGCCUCCGCACCAGCUCCACGAGCAGAUGGCGAACCUCUCCGUCGCCGCCGCCUCGCCUCCGCCUCAAGCCGGCGGCUACCCCGCUCAGCAACCUCCUUACGGCGCGCCGCCUCAGCAGGCGACUUCGCCCCCUCCGCCAGCCCUCGCCGCCCAGCACGUACCUCCUCCUCAGCACUACGGUCAGCCGCCAGCUAUGAUCUCACCCUCGCUCGCCGCCGCCCAGUCCCCCGCUCCUUAUCAGCAGCAAGUUUACGCGGUGGAUCCGUACGGUCAGCAGCAGCAGCAGCACGGUCAGGCGCAGCAUGAUCCUGCGUGGGCAGCGUGGCAUGCUCAGCAGCAGCAGCCGCAGACGCAAGGAAUGGUUCCGCCGCAGUGA